UUUCGUUGCCGAAGCAACAAAGGGACCUGCCCUUGCCCUUGAACUACGCUUUCUUUGGCAAGCGUUCAGAUUCAUGCGUUUCGUUUUUCGCGGGCCACAGAUAGGCUAUCGCGCACAUUGCGCAAAUUUCGACGUCUCGGCUCGGGUGGAUCCCGUGCCCUUGGCAUUGCGGCGGGCGGCCGCCUCCAAGCAGUCUAGAUCUUUCCCCGACGUCAUUCGGAUUUGCUGCGUGCAAUUUGACCUGUUUUGCGUAUAUUGACACGGCUCUCGCGUUUGCAUAACGCCGCAGCAGACAACAGAACCUCUAGCAGACGAAAUCGCUCGUGGCGCCAUCUGUGAAACGUGCGAGGCGUUGCCGGCGGCAGCGGCGGCAGUGGCUGAUCGAAGAUUAUUGCCUGUAUCCGGCAAAAAAAAAUAACCCAGUAAUCGCAGGUGUAAACAUAUUAUGAACCGUGUGAGUAGUUUAGCGUUCUUAGCCGUUGCAGCGUGUCUUGUAACCGAUGUGUGCUCGAAAAGCGAGAUCUUGGACUACGAAGAGCUGUUUGCGUCAGGUGUUGAAGCGUACCUGGACAAACGGUGGGAGCAUUGCGUGCGAAUCUUGGAAAACGCCGUCGCGAUCUACGCGCAACAUAUCGAUGUCACCGUCAAGUGCCGAAGGCUUUGCGGUACUGCGAACAGUGUUCUGGUCGCCGAUUGCACCAAAUUUAAGGUGUACGAAGCGCUCGCGGACGAGGCUGCCUGCCUCCAAAACUGCUUGCGGGAGUGGCAGCUAGUUUCAGUUUCGGAAGAUACGCGGCGGGCUUUCGGAGAGAGGAUUCCGUUCUAUUAUCUUCAGAAAUGCUACUCAAAGCUCGGUGAUGCAAAGAAGGCUGCUUCUUGCGCGUACACAUUCCUGGAGUACAAUCCUGACCACGUGCUGAUGACGUCCUACCUGGAAAGAUAUGUGGCCACCCCCGGAAACGACCCAAAGGAUAUUGUCUCGUUGGACCAAAAGAAGUACCAGGAGCUUUACAUUCGAGCCAUUGGUCUCCAUCAACGAAGCGAGUAUGCAGAGGAGUGCAGAGUGGUUGAGGAGGUGAUUGAGAGCUACCUGGAGGCUGAAGAAGAUUGCAAGAUCCUCUGCGGAGACUUCAGCCCUCAACGAAUCUGGACUAGAGACUUUCCUGCCGUGGCUACAGACCAUCUGGUGUCAGCGCUCAAAUGCAAGUCUCAGUGCACCAACCAGCUGUCCUACUUUAAUGGACGGCGGUACCGGAACUUCUUUGCCAGCCUCUAUCAACACCUGCAGUUUUGCUACUAUCAUUCACAAAACUUGCCCAGGGCGUGCGAGGCCAACCAGUCGUUCCUGCUGCUGGUCCCAGAUGAUGCGGACAUGUGGCAUAACCAGGCAUUCUAUGCACAACUGCCUAACGUUGAAGAGGCCUGGUUCAAAGCAAGAAAGGAAGUGGUUGAAUACUUGGAGCAUCAGCAGAGGGAACAGGAUCUUUUAAGGAGACUGGAGCUCAGAAUAAAUGAGAGGCCUACCCCCAGAGAAGUCUCGACGACGGAGAGUCCACCAAGGAGGAACUUAACUGUAGUUGAAGAUGAAAGGUCGCUCAACGGUUCUCGGUUUGUGGCUGAGGGUUUCCUGACGGAGGACCAGUGCAAUUCCUUGGUCGAGCUGGCCGCGGAGGUAGCAGUGGCUGGGGAUGGCUACGAUGGGAAGCAGUCUCCUCACUCUCGGUUUGAGACGUUCAAUGGGAUCACGCUUGGCAGCAUCGCUGUCCUGACAAGGAAAGGUGUCGUGGACGACGGGCUAGCGAGGCUACUCCUAGACACGAGCGAGCAAGCUCGUAACUAUGUGGAAACCUACUUUGCCCUGCGUUCUCGGCUCCACUUCUCCUACACGCACCUCGUCUGUCGAACGGCCAUGACAGUUGAAAAGGAAGGGCCUCGCAACGACAUGAGCCAUGCUGUGCAUGCGGACAACUGCCUCCUGCAGCCCAAUGGAGACUGCAUCAAACAGCGUCCAGCACCCAUUUGGAGGGACUACAGUGCUGUGCUGUACCUGAACGACGACUUCAAGGGCGGAGACUUCGUCUUUGGGAGAAGUCAGGAUGCCAUCGAGGCCAGGGUCUCGCCGAAGUGCGGCCGCAUGGUGGCCUUCUCGGCCGGCCCGGAGAACCUCCACGGAGUGCUUCCCGUGGAGAGGGGCCGCCGCUGUGCCCUGGCGCUGUGGUUCACCCUGGACCCCAAGUACCGCGAGCGCGACAUGGAGUUUGCCAGCCACGUCCUGCGCAGAGCAGCCCCGCAGCGGCGACGAAGCACCAUGCCACCGGGGGGCACUAGGGGGGACGCUGGGACGCCGCACGAAUCCGCCCUCAAGCAUGGAGCCCGGGCUCGUCUUUCAGACGAGCUUUGACACGAGUGCCUCCGGUGUCAGUCUUACGAGGUCCAAAUUGCCACUACCACGCCUAAUCAAUGUUUUUUUUCUGUUUUCUCCCAUAGUCAUUCAGAACUUGAGAUACGCUACAACUUGUUUUCACUCAAUCAGAUUGCAGCAUCAGCUGAGAAGAACUCGGAAGAGCAAACCUUCAAACGCAAAGUGGGAACAUAAUUUUUCGUGCCCCGAGUCUCCUGUCAGUGACUAUACUGUUGUUGUUGCUACGAUACUUUUAAGAAAAAAUUAUUUCGCCAUUCUUUUUGGUUUUUUUUGCUAAUAAUAUUGCUGUUAAACGGGUUUAUUUAAAAAUUUUUUUGCUGGGUUGAGUUUUAGGUUUAUUUAUUUGUCGACGUUGUUGGAGCAUGCUCGAGACAAGUGGAACACAGCAGCCGCGCAUGCAACGUCGCUGUGAAAGAGCCAGGUUUCUGAAUGUGACCACGGUGGGUGACAGGCUACAAAAUUUGGCAGAUGGUCCGCCCCCAGCAUCGGCUUCCUGCCUUUGCGCACGCUGAAGUCGGAGCUUCUGAAUUCUGAGCCUAUCACCGACUUGAGAAGAAAAAUUGUGUACAAAACGGGUAGCAGUGUAUGCUGCGUUCAACUGAAUUUCAAACGUUAAGUUUAUUUUCUUUUUUCUUUAUGUUGUAGAAUGGUGAAAUUGAGUGCGUCGCCCCAAGAAGCACUUCAGCUCUUGGUAAUAAGGACAGAUACAGUGAUCCCACUUGGAAAGUUUCAGGAAGUGGAUGGGAAUAGAAUACAUUAGGGAAUGGCUGCUGCAUGGCUAACCAUUAAUGACCAUUUGGUAAAAUCAGCAUUAUUUCUUUGUUAGUUUCACAAUUGCACACAUUAGUGUUUAUCACUAACAUAUAACAACACUAUCUCAAUGGGGUUUUUAGGAUAGCAAGAGUCAAUCAUUUUGAUAAUUCAGAGUUCAUAGAAGGGUAAUAAACCGCUUGAAUCGGGGUCAGUUUAUAACUCAAUCCAAAAGUUAGCACAAAAUGCACAUGCCAUUGUAAAAUGACAAUGUUUAGAAUGUAUUACCUUGUUUUCAGGUUCAGCACCAAAAGUCUGCAAUAUAUCUGCUGUUUUACUGCUGCAAGACAAGUGCAUUAUAACCUGAUUGAAUGCAAGGCUGGCUUAUAGACUAUGUGUUCAUUAUAUAAGCUGUGAUAAUGAGCUUUGAAGACAUUUUAAGAGAUAUACAUAGUUUUGAAUAAUAUAUCAUUCAUGCUGCAUAGUUGGUUUUCGGUGGAGUGAGAGGAUAUAGUUAAACUAAAAUCAAUUCUGCCAGUAAUGUUCUGUUCCAGUUAACACGAGACUCAAUAAGCUUUGUUCUUGUUGCAAGAUAUCAAUUUGAUUUUUCAGAAUCUAACAAAUUGGCAGUGCCAGCUAUAUUUAAAUGAUGGAUUGGCAGAAAUGUUACAAUUCACAUAGUAUGCAUUUUGAAAAUAUAUGUAUGAGCUAGUCUUUAUUUUAUUUGGUUAUUUAAGGAAAGCAAUAUACCCAUGCCGGUAAAGAUGAUAAAGAUAUUAAAUAUAAAUUAUAUUAUAUAACUAUAUACACAUUCUUGAAUGCAAUUUCUUCUGUUGUUUCAAGUUUUGGGCUCGCACAUUCUCUCUUAUUUAUUAUUUAUUUUAUUCCAAAGCAGACAUUCUGGAUGAAAGAAGGGCAUUAAAAUCUGUUUUCCAAACUGC